AUGCAGCGCUCCGUAUACGGACAGUCGCCGCCGUUGCAUCAUCCGGUGCCGCAACAUGUGUCGACGGUGCCGCAGCUGCGGUCGCCGCCUCUGCCGACCAGCUCCCAGCCUCAGCCUCAGACGUACGGCAGUCCAUACCCACAACAGCAGCAGCAACAACAGCAAGGCGCAGGCGGACAUAUGGGUGGCAACAUGUUUGGCCAAUAUGGACAGUUUAUAAACGACCCGACAGCACAAGUGGCCGCACAGCUGUCACAGGCAGCCUUUCGCCAGAGCCAGGAAUAUAUGGAGCAGAAUAUCAACCGCUACGUCAACGUCAACGUGCUCAAGCACUACUUCAACGUAUCCAACUCGUACGUGAUCAACAAGCUCUUCCUGGUGCUAUUCCCGUGGCGUCACAAGCCGUGGUCGCGACGACAGACGGUCGGCCCGGCUGGCCAGGAGGGCUGGUACCUGCCGCCGCGUGACGACCUCAACAGCCCGGACAUGUACAUCCCCGUCAUGUCGGUGGUGACGUACAUCCUGCUGUCGACGCUGCUGGCCGGCCUGCGCGGUCAGUUCGAGCCCGAGCUGCUCGGCUACACCGCGUCCAAGGCCAUGGCCGUCACCGGUGUCGAGAUCCUCGGCCUCAAGCUGGGCUGCUACCUGCUCAGCAUCUCCAAUACGUCGCAGCUGCUGGACCUGGUCGCCUACUCGGGCUACAAGUUUGUCGGCGUCAUCGCCACCAUCGCCGUCGCCGAGAUGGCCAACGGCGGCCGUGGCACCGGCGGAUGGAUAGGCUGGUCCGUCUUUUUCUACACCUUUCUCGCCAACUCGCUCUUCCUCAUGCGCUCGCUCAAGUACGUUCUGCUGCCCGAGAGCGCCGCCGACGGCCGUGCCGCCAUGCAGACCGACACCCGCGCCAAGCGCAACCAGCGCACCCAGUUCCUCUUCUUCUAUUCGUACGGCGUCCAGCUCUUGUUGAUGUGGAUUCUCAGCCGCACAUAA